CAUGGAUUAACACACAUGUGUGGGACUGUAAAGAUGAGGCACUGCUACUACAAUGAGAGUGUGGGGUUUUUCUACAACAACAGCCGGAAGGAGCUGACCACCUACUGGAGGACCAAGGAUGUCUUAGUCGUUGCCCUGGGCCUGACAGUCAGCGUCAUCGUGCUCCUGACCAACCUGCUGGUCAUCAGCGCCAUCAUUAUCAACCGGCGCUUCCACUACCCCAUCUACUACCUGCUGGGGAACCUGGCGGCAGCGGACCUCUUCGCAGGCAUUGCCUACAUGUUCCUCAUGUUCCACACGGGGCCCAGGACAGCAGGGCUCUCUCUCAGGACCUGGUUCAUCCGGCAGAGCCUCCUGGACACCAGCCUGACUGCCUCGGUGGUGAACCUGCUGGCCAUCGCAGUGGAGAGGCACCAGACUAUCUUCACCAUGCAGCUACACAGCUCCAUGUCCAACCAGCGGGUGGUGAUCCUGAUCAUCUGCAUUUGGGUCACAGCCCUGCUGCUGGGCCUCAUCCCGUCCUAUGGCUGGCACUGCCUGUGUGACCUGGGCAACUGCUCCAGGAUGGCACCCCUCUACAGCAGGAGCUACUUGACCUUUUGGGCCCUCUCCAACCUGUUCAUCUUCCUGAUCAUGGUGGUCGUCUACACUCACAUCUUUGUCUAUGUCAAGAGGAAGAUGACGAGCAUGUCCAAGCACACUAGCUUCCACCCCCGCUACAAGGAGACCAUGAUCAAUCUCAUCAAAACCGUCAUCAUCAUUCUCAGUGCCUUCGUUAUCUGCUGGACUCCAGGGCAGGUGCUGCUCCUGCUGGACGGCCUGGCCUGUGAGAGCUGCAAUGUGCUGGCAAUGGAGAAGUAUGUCCUCUUGCUGGCAGAGAUCAAUUCGCUCAUCAACGCCAUUGUCUACUCCUAUCGGGACAAUGAGAUGCGCAGCACCUUCCGGAAGAUCCUCUGCUUUAUCUGCUACAGGAAUCCCAAAUACUCUCCUGCAUCGGUCAAGUCCAAUGUCACGAAACGCAGGAUUCUCUCGCAGAACGGCCAUUCUAUCAUGGACUCCUCGCUGUAG